CGUUUACCUAAAAGAGAUGAACGAUCUAUUAUUAUAAAGGAAGAGCCUGGCCAAGAGAAAAGCUGAGUGUUGGAGAUGUACGAGUGGUUCUGCUGCUCGGAUUAGGACCUUGUGUCGCUUCCGGUCUUCUUCCUUGUUGCCAAAUCAGAGUAGGAAAAAAAAUUCAAAUUAAAGUUGGCAAAACCGUCUUUUGCGUUGGGAAGUGGCUGAAUCAAUUAAAAACAACUGAACGACGAAACACCAAAAAUGGGUAAUAGUUUCUCAGUUGAAUUUCCAUCUUGCGAUCAACCUUUUAUGCCAUUCUUGUGUGGGAAACGCAAGUAUAUACACAACCUGGAGGAGAAUCUAGGGGCUUUGGAGAAAGAAAUGCAAGACCUCAAUGCAAUGAGAAAUGAUCUGUUAAAAAGGGUAUCCAAAGAAGAAGAGAUACAAGGGCUAGAACAAGUCAAAGAGUGGGUUUCAAUGGUCGAAGAGAUUGAACCGCAAGCCAAUCGUCUGCUUGAUGAAAGUGUCUCUGAAAUCCAAAGACUAUCACAGUAUUGUUCCCUUAUCCCUGCAUCGACCUAUCGUUACAGUGAAAAGGUUCUCAUGAUUCUGAAAAGAGUUAAAACUCUGAGAACUAAGGGGGUAUUUGAAGUUGUCAUUCGCAGAGCUCUUCCGCCUCUUGCGAUAAAGAUGCCCCCGAUUCAACUAACUGUUUCUCGACAAAACUUGUUUGAAAGGGCGUGUAAUCUUUUAGAGGACAAAAAUGUUGGGGCUUUAGGUAUUUAUGGUAGGGGUGGAGUUGGCAAAACCACACUUCUUACUGGAAUCAAAAACAAGUUUCGUCUAGCAGCAUUUGGUCUUGUGAUCUUUGUUGUUGUGGGGUCUGAAGUGGUCGAGAGCAUACAGGAGGCAAUCAGCAAUAGAUUAGGCCUACAAUGGGGGAGAGAAACUAAAGAGGACAAGGCAGCUGCAAUAUUGAUGGCCUUAAAGGGAGCGAGAUUUUUGUUGUUAUUGGACGACAUCCAGAGGGGAUUGGAUCUUGAAGAAAUUGGAGUUCCUUUUCCUAGCCGAGAAAAUGGAUGCAAAAUCGUGGUCACCACUCGAUCUCGGGAAGCAUGUGAUGAAAGCAAGUGGGUUGAUGCUAAGGUAGAAGUUACAUGUUUGAGCCCAGAAGAAGCAUGGGAUUUGUUUCAAGAGACUGUCGGAGAUAACACGUUAAGAAGUCAUCAAGACAUACCUAAGCUUGCAAGAGUAGUUGCUAAUUCAUGCCGUGGUUUGCCCCUUGCUCUCAAUCUCAUAGGUGAGGCCAUGUCACACAAAAGGACUGUACGCGAAUGGCGUUACACAGUUCAUGUUUUAGCUUCGUCGACAGCCGAAUUUCCAGAUAUGGAAAAUGGGGCUCUUCCCAUCUUGAAGUCUAUCUAUGAUAAUAUGACUAAUGAAAACAUCAGGUUAUGCUUCCUUUAUUGUGCUCUAUUUCCAGAAAAUUAUGAUAUAAGAAAAGAAGAUCUGGUCAACUACUGGAUAGGCGAGGGAAUCCUUGCAAUAGAAGUUAGAGCGGAAGCUGAGAAUCAGGGAUAUAAAAUUAUUUAUGAUUUGGUUAGGAUGCGAUUGUUGAUGGAGGUUAGACAUGGAUAUUGUGUAAAGAUGCCUGGUAUGGUUCGUGAAUUGGCCUUGUGGAUAGCAUCUGACUUUGGGAGGCAGAUUGAACACUUUGUCGUGGUAGGCGGUGAGGGAAUACAUCAUAUGCCAAUGGUCAAUGACACGGGGUUGGUUAGAAGAAUGUCAGUGACAUCUACUCAGAUUCAGAAUAUAUCAGAUUCUCUUCGGUGUUCUGAGCUUACAACCUUUGUUUGCCAAAGAAACAGACACUUAAAAUGGAUCUCUGGUACUUUCUUUCGGUGGAUGACAGGUCUCGUAGUCUUGGAUCUGUCAUUUAAUAGAGAACUUGCUGAGUUGCCAGAAGAAGUUUCGAGCCUGGUGUUGCUGCGGUUUCUCAACUUAUCAUGGACAUUUAUAAAAGGAUUGCCCCAUGGUUUAAAAGAGCUUAAGAGUUUGAUACACUUGGAUUUGGAUUACACAUCUAAUCUUCAAGAAAUUGACGUGAUAGCCAGCUUAUUGAAUUUGCAAGUACUGAGAUUAUUUCAUUCUGUUUGCAUGGAUCUCAAGUUAAUGGAGGAUAUUCAACGUUUGAAGAGCCUGAAAGCGUUGAGUCUAACGGUGAGAGGAUCUUCUGUUUUGCAGCGGUUACUAAGUAUCCAUGGGUUGGCAAGUUCUAUCCAACGUUUACAUCUCAGUACUGAAACUACUAUAGUCGAUGGAGGAAUAUUAUCGUUGAAUGCUAUGUUCAGUCUUCGCGAGCUUGAUAUUUUGGGAUGUAAUAUCCCGGAGAUAGCCAUUGAUUGGAAAAGCACCAUCCAAAGUGAGACGGUUAAUUUAAGCGACACUGAGAAAAUUCCACAAUUCCAGAACAUACGCACAAUGACUAUUCAUGGGUGUGAAUGUCUUAAAGACUUGACAUGGUUGCUGUUAGCCCCGUGUCUUGGUGAUCUAAGUGUAUCUGAAUGUCCGCAAAUGGAAGAAGUAAUAAGCAAAGAGAAAGCUAUGGCCAAGCUGGGUCAUGCUAGUGAGCAGCCCUUUCAAAAUCUAACUAAGCUCGUGUUAGAUGGGUUACCUAAACUGGAGAGCAUCUACUGGACUCCUCUACCCUUCCCAGUUCUGGAAUAUCUCGAGAUAAGGUGUUGUCCAGAGCUGAGAAGACUUCCAUUCAACUCUGAGAGCACUAUAGGAAAUCAAGUUCAAAUGAAAAUCGAGGAACAAUUGAUAAAAGUCGUUGAAUGGGAGGAUGAUGCUACAAAACAACGUUUCUCCCAUUUCAAUAACAGUGACUUUCCACAGAUGGCUGAAGAUCCGAAGAUGGAUGGUCUGACAUCGGAGUCAUAUCCACUCCAAAACAUAGACCAGGUCUGGACUACAGGAAGUGGAAAGAAGGCGGUCCAAUCGGGACUACACGCAACAUCUGUUACUAUGGAAUGCCGGACACAUAGAGUUUUGACACCAGAUGGCCCCAUAAGCAAUAUGAUUGACACUCCUGGCAAGAGGAAGGUGAAGGAGAUGCUUUUUAAUUUUAAGGAUGAGGCAAGACUUAUUGGGAUCUCAGGGAUGAUUGGUUCAGGGAAAACCAUUCUUGCCAAAGAGCUUGUGCGGGACGAGGAGGUCCGAGGCCAUUUUGGGAACCGAGUUUUGUUUCUGACUGUGUCACAAUCACCCAACCUUGAGAAGCUGAGAGCCCUAAUAUGGGAUUUUCUUAUUGGUCAUGAGGCUGGUUUUGGUGCCACCAUUCCGGAGUCCAUUGGUCAUACACGGAAGUUAGUGGUCCUUGAUGAUGUUUGGACAAGGGAAUCUCUAGACCAGCUGAUGUUCAAUAUUCCUGGAACCACAACACUUGUGGUCUCACAGUCUAAACUCGCAGAUCCUAGAACCACCUAUGAUGUAGAGUUACUACAUGAACAUGAAGCAACGUCUCUGUUCUGUCUCUCUGCUUUCAACCAGAACUCAGUCCCUUCAGGGUUUAGCAAAAGUUUGGUCAAGCAGGUUGUUGGGGAAUGUAAAGGUCUACCUUUGUCUCUGAAAAUCAUUGGCGCUUCAUUAAAAGAUCGACCUGAAAAAUAUUGGGAAAGUGCAGUGGAGAGGUUAUCUAGAGGUAAACCUGUUGAUGAAACUCAUGAGAGUAAAGUGUUUGCUCAAAUUGAAGCAACUCUAGAAAAACUUGAUCCUACAAGCAAAGAGUGUUUCUUAGAUAUGGGUGCUUUCCCUAAAGGCAAGAAAAUCCCUGUUGAUGUUCUCAUCAACAUGUUGGUCGAGAUACAUGAUCUCGAGGACGCAACUGCCUUUGAUGUUCUUGUUAAUUUAACAAACAUGAAUCUCCUUACUCUCGUCAAAGACCCAACGUUUGUUGCUAUGCACACUAGCUACUAUGAUAUAUUUGUGACGCAACAUGAUGUUUUAAGAGAUGUAGCACUUCAUAUUGCCAAUCGUGGGAAGGUAAGUAGAAGAAACCGGUUAUUGAUGCCAAAAAGAGAAUCAAUGCUUCCCAGAGAAUGGGAGAGGAGCAAUGAUGAGCCAUACAAUGCCCGAGUGGUUUCCAUUCACACCGGAGAAAUGACUGAGAUGGAUUGGUUUGACAUGGAUUUCCCAAAUGCAGAAGCUCUGAUACUAAACUUCUCGUCAGACAACUAUGUGUUACCUCCUUUCAUUGCUAAGAUGGGAAGGCUUAAGGUGUUCGUGAUUAUCAACAACGGUAUCUCUCCAGCGCAUCUACAUGACUUCCCCGUCUCUACCAAUUUGACCAAUCUCAGGAGUCUCUGGCUUGAGAGGGUUCAUGUCCCUGAACUCUCUAGCAGUACAAUACCCUUGAAAAACCUCCACAAGCUGUAUCUGAUUAUUUGCAAGAUCAAUAACAGUUUUGAUCAGACAGCAGUAGACAUUGCCCAAAUCUUCCCACAAUUGACUGAUCUCACAAUAGAUUAUUGCGAAGAUCUUGUGGAACUUCCUUUGACCAUCUAUGGAAUCACCUCUCUCAAAUCCAUCAGCAUAACAAAUUGUCCCAACAUCAAGGAAUUGCCUAAGAAUAUGAGUAAGCUAAAAGCUCUUCAACUUUUGAGGCUAUACGCUUGCCCAGAGCUAAAAUCUCUGCCUGCAGAAAUCUGUGAGUUGCCAAGACUAAUGCACGUCGACAUCUCUCACUGUCUCAGCCUAAGUUCUCUUCCGGAAAAUAUAGGAAAGGUAAGGACACUUGAGAAAAUCGACAUGAGAGAAUGUAGCGUAUCGAGCAUACCUAACUCCGCGGUUUCAUUGAGCGCUCUACGCCAUGUAACAUGCUAUAGAGAGGCUUUGUGGAUGUGGGAAAAGGUUGAGAAGGCAGUUCCAGGACUUCGCGUUGAAGCUACUGAAAGAUGGUUCAACAUGGAUUGGCCCGACGAGUAGGAGUAGGUUCUUGAUUCCCCUUCCGAGCUUUUGAAAGCAUGUUGUAAAUCACCUUUUAUGGAGAAUUACCCCCAGUGGAUCAGGGCGACCAUGAGUUGAAAGGAAGAUGGAAAGGAACAUUGCCCCUCACAUCCUACCAAUGCAUUUACAAAAUCAGUAAUGAACUUUUGAUGAAGAGAAACUAAUAAGGGAUACAUAGGUAAAACAAGGAUCUCUAUUUGGCUUUGGACAAUUCCAGAUACUUGCAGCAGAUUAUAUCUAAUCUCUGUCGCUGUCACUUACUAGACGUAGACGAUUUGAAUUUCCUUGCAGCAUUUGUCUAAUUUUAUAUUCAAAAGGAAUAGUAAAAUAAAAAAGUUUCUGAGAAA